AGCUGGCCUGAUUCAUGGGCUGCCCACCCCCCACUGCCGGUCCAGGAGAUUGUCUUGAGCCUUCCCCAUGCUCCUCAGCAUGAAUGCCACUGAUGUGAGCCCGACAGGAAGUGUGACCUCAUUCUGCCUCUCAGCGGCUGGUGACGCAGGCUGUUUUUGAAAGAAAACAAAAGCGGUUACAACGCUGACUUUCCCAAGAACUACAUGCUUUUCUAUUCCAGGAAACAGCCAAAAGAACAACACGAAACUUCUCUGCAUACACCUGCACAUGGAGAUGUGUGCAGGCAUCUCUUAGAAGGAGGGAAAGAUGGGAUUUCCCUUUCUUAAGAGACGUCUCUACCUGUUGACAUUCUGAAAUUAUUUUCAGCUGAAGAACUGCUGAAGUCUUGGACUUCUCCGCUGUCAACCACAGGAAGCUUCAUAUUUCAAAAAUCUGUGAAGUUUGAGCAAGCAUCCUCCCCAAGAUGUACCGAAUAUCUCAACUGAUGUCAACGCCAGUGGCAAGUCAAUGUUCUUCUGGCUCCAAGAGAGAAUGUACUGGACAGCUGUCUCCCUCGUGCAUUUUCCCAAGUUUGACCUGUGAUUUCCUGGAAAGCGACAGCUCCUUUGAAUGCUGCUCCAUAGAUCCCCUGACUGGCCCCCACUUUACCUGUCGCCGAAGCUCCAGACUUCUUACCAAUGGCUACUAUGUUUGGACAGAAGACAGUUUCCUCUGGGACGAAGAUGGCAGCAUGACCCUGAGCCCACCCCAGACCAGUGUUCUGUACAAGGAGAACUUAGUGAGAAUAUUUAGAAAGAAAAAGAGAAUCCGCCGUCCUUUAACCUCUCUCUUCAACCUCAGUACCUCUAAAUCCUGGCUACUUGGAAGUAUCUUUGGUGAUGCUGAUUCUUCCCUGAGUAAGGAUAUCUGGCUGGAGGAUGUCAGGAGGCUGGACAUGCAUCAUUCCAAUGAUGACGUGAGCCCCUCUGCUUUUCCAGGAGGUGAUUUUGACUGUUUUCUGACUGAUUACGCGGAGACGACGAAGCCGAAUGCAGAGCGUGUGACAGCCUCCUCUUCCCACCAUGUCACAUCUCAGGCGCCCAGAGAAAACUCCCACAGCCUGUCUCUUCAGUCCCAGCUGACGUCUUCUGCACUGGUCCAAGGCAGUAUUUUGGGCCAUUCAAGAACCAGUUUGUUAAGAGAGGUCUCCUUUCAGGCAAUUAUGCUUGCUGCCUGCUUAAUCAUUUCUGCAUGUGGGAGAUACUCUUCCCUUAAGAGAGGAGCUUAACUCCCCAUCCCUCAAGUAUGAGCUGCAUUUAGAAACUUGGUUCCAAAAAGUUUGGACAGAUAGAAAAAAGGUGAUUUUACAGACAAGAAACCUGGCAAACACUACUGUAGAUGAUCAAAGUUAACAUCAACAGGAACAUGUUAUGUUGAUAGCAUAUAUCCUUGAUAUGAUAAGAUGAGUAUGGCACUUGCAAGUGAACUUCUAUAAUCUUCUGAACCCUAGUGUGACCAUGAGACAUCCAAAUUAAGGGACAUUCUACAAAUAAUGGGCCAGUGCUCUUCAAAAUUGUCAAGUCAUCAAAACCAAAGACAGUCUGAGAAAUCAAAGCCCAGAGGGAUCUAAGGAGACAUGACUAAAUGUAAUGUGGCAUCCUAGAUGGGAUCCCAGGACAUGGAUAAAUUAUGGGAAAACUGUCAAGUCCAAAUGAGGUGUGGAACUGAGUUUAUAGUCAUGCACUAAUGCUGGUGCCUUAAUGAUGACAAACUUGCCAUGAUACUGUAACAUGCUAACAACAGGGGAAACUGGCUGAGGGGUAUAUGAGAAAUCCCUCUGUACUACCCUUUGCAACUUCUCUGUGGAUUUUAAAUUAUUCUAAAAUUUAAAAAAGCUUAUCUAAGUAAAAAAUUGGUUUAAAGAGGAAUUACUGAUAUGGGCAAGGGCAUGGAUGGAUCUCAUAGAUACUAUGUAAGUGAAAGAUGAUGGAAAAGUGUAAUUGUAUUUACAUGUAAAAUUCAAGAAGAGGCAAAGCUAAUCAAUGACCACAGUUGUACGAGGAGUAGUGGCUAAUUCUGCCGGGUAAGAGUGGGAAGAAACAAUAAAGGAAAUCUUAUAGAGUGCUGGAAAUCGUCCAUAGUUUGGUCUGGAUAGCGAUUAUAGGGUUUAGGUAAAGCAGGCAAACAGGAUGUGUACUUUAUAUACUUUGUAAGUACAUUUGUUAAAUCUCAAUUUAGAAAGUUUUAAAAAUGGAAAUAAACUGUCUGAAAGGAUAUUGAUCAAAUUUGAAUAAUGGAUGCUUCAGGGUGAUAGAGGUUUUUACAAUAUUUUCCUUUCCCCUUCAUAUUUUUUUUCCAGUUUCUUCCAACAAUUCAUAUUUUGAAAAUAAAAACAAUAAAAACCUUAUUCUCUUUUUAAAAAUUCCACUCUGUGAUACAAUCAUCUGUCAGACUGGCAAAACCCCAAAAUUUUAACACACUUUUUUUGGCAAGGUUUUGAAGCAGUAGGCAUACAGAUUUUCUCCUUUGUUUUUUUCUAGAAGUUUUAUACUUUUUGUGGUUUGUAUUUCAGACUAUGUCUCAUUUUGAGUUAAAUUUUGCGUUAAGGUGUGAUGCAUAUGUGGAGGCUCGCACUACCGCGUGUGGGUAUACAAUUGUUUCAACACCAGUUGUUGAAACGUGG